AUGAAGGACAAGAUAACACUCUCCGAUCCAAUUCUCCCACCGCUUGUGAGCAGCAAAAGCAGUUUCUCAGACACAGACACAGAUCCACCGAAGAGCCCCUCUCCACCAAAGACAGAGUACAAACCCCAGCAUGUCUAUUCCAGCUGGCAGGCCGUCACUACACCGCCAAGCACUUCCGAACACUUUAGAGAUGGAACCCCAGCAAGUGAGGAGAACGAAAGGCAUGGCGAGAUGUGCGAAGAGGUGUUUGAAGAGUUUGUCAAUCCUGUGACGGGUAAGAAGGAGCAGCUGGCUUACAGCGCUCGUGCUGCGUGA